AAGGCCCAAGGCCCAAGGCCCAGUAUUCUAUUAACACCGUCUUGUGUAUCUGUGUUAGGGUAUGCAGUGCUGUGAUUUCCCCUUUCAUUUCUUCUUCACACUCACUCACUCACCACUCAGUCUAUUCAGCAAUACAUUUCGUGCGAUUCGGUGGAUUACAGAUUUUGAAUGUGGCUUUGAGUUAACCCUAGAACUAGCAUCAAUUGCAAAUACUAGCUGAGUAUUGAAUUCAAAGCAAAUGGUCCUCAUGCCUGCAUUGCUAAGACGGGUUCAUAAGCCUGUAUCCUCCUCUCAGAUGGAAAGGCUAGUUUCUCUUUUAAAUUCGAAACAACCUGUACGCCAUUUUAGCUUCACUGAUGAUUGCAGUGGUGACAUCAAACAACUUAUGGGAGAAUCUGAUGAUGUUUCUAUUCAUAAGUUAGACCCACAUUUUAGUGAUAGUAGCCGGGAAGGAUCAGAACCAAUUCCAAAUAGGGCUUUGAGAGGUACACAGCCAGUUAAUCCGCAUAGUCGAGAAUACAAUAGAGGUUCUCGUUCCUCUCGUCCGAGAUUCGAUGGCAACCGUGGCAGACCUGAUGACGUGGAGAUGACAAAUAAGUCUUCCCAAACUGAUAUUGGAUUUCAGGGCCGAAAUAUGUCGGACACUAAUAAGGUUGUGAAUAAGUUAGGAGACAGUUUCCUUGAUAAGUUCAAGCUUGGUUUUGAUAAUAAAGCAGGGAAUUCCUCGGAGGUUGCAGCAAGCAACCUAUCUGAAGAGGCUAAGAGCGCAAAUUCCAAUCAACCAGCUAUGCCUGAGGAUGCCGAUGAAAUUUUCAAGAAGAUGAAGGAAACUGGUCUUAUCCCCAAUGCGGUGGCUAUGCUUGAUGGUCUAUGUAAAGAUGGUCUUGUUCAAGAAGCCUUGAAGCUUUUUGGUUUGAUGAGAGAAAAGGGAACCAUUCCAGAGAUUGUCAUUUACACCGCUGUGGUGGAGGGCUACACUAAGGCUCACAAGGCUGAUGAUGCCAAAAGGAUUUUCAGGAAAAUGCAGAGUAAUGGAAUUUCACCCAAUGCUUUCAGUUACACGGUUCUUGUACAAGGACUCUGCAAAUGUAGUAGAUUACAGGAUGCUUUUGAAUUUUGUGUGGAGAUGUUAGAAGCUGGUCAUUCUCCAAAUAUGACAACUUUCGUUGACCUUGUAGAUGGUUUCGUCAAGGAACAAGGGGUUGCAGAAGCAAAGGGUGCUAUCAGAACAUUAAUAGAAAAGGGUUUUGUUGUUAAUGAGAAAGCUGUUAAGGGGUUCUUGGACAUGAAAAAACCAUUUUCACCCUCUGUUUGGGAGGCUAUCUUUGGGAAGAAAGCCCCACAGAUGCCAUUUUAAAUAUCUUUGCAGACUAUGUAAGUUUCUAUCUUAAUUAUUCUACCAUUAUGCUUGACUACCUUUUGCCCUUUAUGUAAUUCAUUGUUACUUCAAUGUGCAACCAUUAAAAUUUUCUAAAAAAGACUGACUAGUUAGUAUUUCUUGAUAGUGAGCAGAGCACUGUUUUCAUUUUUAAAUGUACCACUAGUUCCAAAUUAGUUCGUGGAUGAUUGAUUCCUCAUAUUUAUUUAUAUGGUAGUAUCUCCUUAUUGAUGUAUUGUGAUGAGGAUUCAUUUA